UCUCGGGCGCAAUGGCCGACAACGGGGCUGUGUUCCAGGACGAGUUCGACGGAGAGCAUGACGACGAGUACGAGGAGGUCGAGGAGGCGGCGGACGAUAUGCCAAUGCAUAUCUCUGGGCGCGUCUACUUGGGCUCCAUUGACGCCGCGACGAACGUGUCUGCGCUCAAAGCCAAGAACAUCACGAUGUUGCUGUCGCUUUUGAGCAAGGACAACAAGACGAACCUGCCCAUCGACCACGUCCAUCAUCAUGUGCGAGUGGAUCUCGAAGAUGACUUGGAAUCGCCGCUCUUCAUCCACCUUCCGUUUCUUGUAAACUGCAUCAACGAGUUCUUAGCCAGAGAAGAAGAUGGCAACGUUCUCGUGCAUUGCCUGGCUGGUGUGUCGCGAUCUGCGUCUGCUGUGGCGGCGUACCUCAUGGCGAGGGACUCUGUCGAUGCCAACGACGCGUUGAAUGUCAUCCGGUUCGUGCAACCGUUCGGGCGACCACACUCGCCAAUUCAUGGUUGGUUUAGGUUGAGUCGGCCGUGGGUGGACCCAAAUCCCCACUUCCGUGAAGUCCUGGACAUGUUUCACAGAGUGCUCUCCCAUGCUCAUGUCCCCAUGACCGAGCUCGCGCCACUGACCCUGCCGCAUCUGCACUUCCACUCGUCUUUCGUUGACCCCAUCUGCAUCCAUCAAACGAAAACGCUCACGAUUCGCCUGGAAUGCGAUGUACUUGGCGAUUCCAAGUCCCACCUGGCGUCGAUUUACCCUUUCUCGACCGUCGUCGCCGUCACGGACAAUGCGUCGACACCGUUUGCAUUCCUCGUCAUUACAGCCAUCGACCACGUCAGCGUUGAAGAUCUGACAGCCGCACACGCCCAAGGCGAAGGCCUUCCCGCCGUAGCUGACCUCCAAGCGACGCUGCGCCAAUUCUACGCCCCCGAUCAACUCGGCCCGGGCACAAACUGUCACGUGUAUUCCUUCCGUCUGGUCACGCCAGUGUCACCUGUCCACUAAUCGAUGGAAUCCCUGUCACUUUUCACUGCAUUUGCGCGACGAAUUCGAAGUUGGUCACAGGUGGAGUGUGUCGGACGCUCGUCGCGCUGCACUCGAACGCCUGCA